ACGCCGUUUAAGCCGGGAACAUCAGCUUCCUGGUCAACACCACCCUCUCAAGACUCCAAAGCUCCAACAAGCCGAGAUCACCACCCUCUUUCUGACACUACGGCGGCAUCACGGGUCACCGAUUACUCCGGGGUCUCUGAGUUGCGACCAGCAGAGACCCCUCGAACAAAGACGCACCACCAAUUCGUCUCGAUCCCCGCGUCUCGAUUGCCCAGUCCCAGUUCCGACUCGAGUCGAGAGAAGGGUAGCGGCAUGUCUACUAUAGACACCCAACACCACAUCUCCCACUCUGGACCAGAUUCCGCGAGUUCGGCAGCAGAAUAUGGCGUGCGCUCCUUGCCAGGCGCCCGGCCACCCGCCACUUUUGCGCCCGCCAACUCGGUGACUGAAGAGCUGGAGGAGACGGCAGCAGCAGGGCAAGACAUAACGGAGGACAUGAUAGACACAGCCUCGGCCGACCCAAUGCAAGAGGAUCCCAACCGGAUAACGGGCCUGGAAAGAUGGGCAAUGAAUGCUUCGGACUCGCAGUUCAAUGCGCUUGCCGGCGCAGUGGGAGGCUUCAUGUCGGGCGUCGUUACCUGCCCGCUGGACGUCAUCAAGACCAAGUUGCAAGCGCAGGGCGCGGGACAGCAUGUGGGCCAGCCCAGGAUGUACAAUGGCUUGGUAGGCACGGCCAAGGUAAUAUGGAGGCAUGAGGGCAUUCGCGGCAUGUACAGGGGCUUGGGUCCCAUAAUAAUGGGCUACUUGCCCACCUGGGCUGUCUGGUUCACAGUCUACAAUAAGAGCAAGAUAUGGCUACGCCAAUACACGGACAAGCCAAUUGCCAUCAACUUUGGCGCAUCCAUCAUAGCGGGCGCUAGUAGCACCAUUGCGACGAACCCGAUUUGGGUCAUCAAGACCCGACUCAUGUCGCAAUCGGCAUUCCAAGACGCGCGCCCCUCGAUGCACUCCCACUGGCACUACAAGUCCACGUUCGAUGCCGCGCGCAAGAUGUACACCACCGAGGGCCUUCUCUCCUUUUACUCCGGAUUGACACCUGCUCUUCUGGGUCUCUCUCAUGUGGCCGUCCAAUUUCCCACCUACGAGUUCCUCAAGACCAAGUUUACUGGACAAGGCAUGGGCGGCGCCGCCGGCGACCAGAACGCCAAGCCAAGCUUUAUGGGCACUUUUGCCGCCUCCGUCCUCUCCAAGAUUAUCGCCAGCAGUGCGACGUAUCCCCACGAGGUCAUCAGGACGAGACUGCAGACACAGCGCAGGCCGAUUCCGGGACAGGAGCACUUGCAGGGUCUGGGAGUGGUUUCCAAGAACGGCGCCGAGUCAAAGCAGCUGGCAACAUCAGGGCCCAAGUACAGAGGCGUGGUGAGCACCUUCAAAAUCAUGCUCAAGGAGGAAGGGUGGAGGGCAUUUUACGCUGGUAUGGGAACCAACAUGAUGAGAGCCGUCCCCGCGGCGACUGUCACCAUGCUCACGUACGAGUACGUGAUGAACAACCUGAAGCAGGCGAGGAAGCAUGGAAGGGAGAAGCUGGCCAAGGUUGCCGAGGCUACGGCUGUGAAGGCUGAGAGCGUCGAGAGGCCUGAGAUCUCCAGCAGCACCAGCAGCUAGAGACGUGCAAUGGAAUCGAGGGAUGCUCACAUGUUUGGAG